AUGGCAGUCCCGAACAAGAAGACGGGCGACCGCAUCUACUUUGAGGGCGAUGUCGUCGAUGAAGAGGCCGGCAAGGCUGGUAUAGGAGGCACGACGGGCACUCCUGCCACUGGCGGCGGCGGUGCUGGCAGUGGUGGCAUCACCAUCGUCGAUGACCGUCCCAGCAACGCGUCGCGCCCGGCCCUGCGCCGUGAGCGCUCCUCGGGCUCGCUGUCCAUCCGGCCGCACCCCCGCCGCAACUCCAUCGACGCCGCCGCCGCCCUGCCCAUCCAGUACCGCACGCUGUCCAUUGACGUCGACGAGUAUGCCCAGAAGCAGAGCGCGCCCCUCAAGAAGGACAAGAGGGACAAGAAGGACAGGCACGAGAAGAAGACGGUCGCCGACCUGGCCGACCUGCACUGGCACACCACCCCGGCCGAGGAGGUCGCCAUGCAGCUGUCGACCUCGCUCAAGACGGGCCUGUCGUCCGACCAGGUCACCCGCCGUCUCGCGCAGUACGGCAAGAACGUGCCCUCGCCGCCGCCCACCCACCGCACGCGCCAGGUCCUGGGCUACUUCUUCAAGGGCUUCGGCCCCGUGCUGCUCGUCGCCUCCGUCCUCGUCUUCAUCGCCUGGAAGCCGCUCGGCAACCCCAACCCGGCCCUCGCCAACCUGGCCCUCGCCAUUGUCCUCGCCGCCAUCUUUGCCAUCCAGGCCCUCUUCAACAUGUGGCAGGACUGGUCCAGCGCCCGCGUCAUGAGCUCCAUCCAGACCAUGCUCGCCGACGCGUCGCUGGUGCUGCGCGACGGCAGCAUCACGAGCGUCGCCGCCGACCAGGUCGUGCCCGGCGACGUGCUGAUGAUCAAGGCCGGCAACAAGCUGCCGGCCGACGUGCGCUUCGUCGACGUGUCGUCGUCGUCGUCGUCGGGCGCGUCCGACACCAAGUUUGACCGCUCCAUCCUCACGGGCGAGUCCGUGCCGCUGGCCGCCACCGCCCACUCCACCGACGACAACUACCUGGAGACGCGCUGCAUCGGCCUGCAGGGCACCCACUGCGUCUCCGGCACCUGCACCGGCAUCGUCGUAGCCACGGGCGACAGCACCGUCUUUGGCCGCAUUGCGCGCCUCACCAACGAGCCCAAGACCGGCAUGACGACGCUGGAGCGCGAGAUCUUCAACUUUGUCGCCAUCGUCUGCUGCAUCAUGGUGUCCGUCAUCGUCUUGGUCAUCAUCAUCUGGGCCGCGUGGCUGCGCAAGGACCACCCCGAGUGGAUCACCGUCGCCGGCCUCAUCGUGUCCGCCGUCUCCGUCGCCGUCGCCUUUGUGCCCGAGGGCCUGCCCGUCGCCCUCACCGCCAGCAUGACCAUCAGUGCCAACAUGAUGCGCAAGAACCGCAUCCUCUGCAAGUCGCUGCGCACCGUCGAGACGCUCGGCUCCGUUUCUAUAAUCUGCUCCGACAAGACCGGCACCUUGACCCAGAACAAGAUGGUCGUCACCGAGUGCGCCGUCGGUGGCAAGCGGACCAUGACCACCGACGAAGCACGUGAUGCUCUGGUUCUGCAGCGUGCCGAUCGCCAUACACGCUCGUUGUCCCCAGAGCCGGACGUGGACGGUGAUGUUCUUGCUGGUGACGACGACGUCGACGUCGACGCUCGGCAUGCGAAUGCCGACAGCGCCGGCGCCGACCUGACCGACCAGCUGUUGGCGUUUGAGCGCGGGGCCCCGGCCCUCGACCAGCUGCGCGCCGUGGCCGCCCUCUGCAACGACGGCCAGUUUGACGCCGCCACGCGCCACCUGCCCCUCGCGGAGCAGACCAUCCACGGCGACGCCACCGACCAGGCCGUCCUGCGCUUCUCCGAGCGCCUGGGCCCCGUGGCCGAGCUGCGCGCCAACUGGUCCACCAAGUACACCCUGCCCUUCAACAGCAAGAACAAGUACAUGAUCCGCGCCCUGUCGCUGGCUCAGAAGGAGGGGCUCGCCCUGGCCCUGCCCACGGGCCUGGCCUCCGUCUUCCAGCCCAACGACGUCUUGCUGACCAUCAAGGGCGCCCCCGAGAUCCUGCUGGACCGCGUCCAGUACUAUGUGAACCCGUCCACAGGCGUCGCCGUCGAGAUGGACGCCGCCACGCGCGCCGGCGUCAGCGCCAUCAAGGACAACUGGUCGGCCCACGGCCGCCGCGUGAUUCUGCUGGCGCGCAAGACGCUGUCGGCGGCCACGCUGGCCCCCGGCUUGUCGUCGGCGGCCUUUGAAGAGGAAAUGCAGCGCCAAGCCAGGACGGGCAUGACGCUGGUCGGCCUCGUCGGCAUUGUGGACCCGCCGCGGCCCGAGAUCCCCGACGUCGUCAACACGCUGCGGCGGGCGGGCAUCCGCAUCUUCAUGGUCACGGGCGAUUUCGCGCUGACGGCACAGGCCAUUGCGGCCGAGUGUGGCAUUAUCACGGCGUCGGCCGAGACUGGCACCAAGGUCGACUCGGUCGCAGACUUGCCGCGUGGUGGUGGUACUGCUGCUUCUGCUGCGCCGGCGGCGGCGGCGGAAACAGACGAUGGCGACGUUACCACUCCCAAAAAGGCCUUUGGCAAGGAGCGGUUUGUGCUCGAGACCACGCGAAAGGCCAUCGUCCUCAGCGGCCCCGAGCUGCUGAGCCUCAACGAGACCCAGUGGGACGCCCUGGCACAGUACGAGGAGAUUGUCUUUGCGCGCACAACGCCCGAGCAGAAGCUGCGCAUCGUGCGCGAGCUCCGCGGGCGCUCGUACAUUGUGGGCAUGACGGGCGACGGUGUCAACGACGCGCCGUCGCUGCGGGCGGCCGACAUUGGCAUGGCCAUGGGCUCGGGCAGCGACAUGGCGCGCGAGGCCGCCGACAUGGUGCUGCUGGACAAUUCGUUCUCGAGCGUCGUGGAGGCCCUGCGCUUCGGCCGCAUGAUGUUUGACAACCUCAAGAAGACGAUUGCCUACCUGCUGCCCGCCGGCACCUUUAGCGAGUUCUGGCCCGUCAUCACCAACGUCGUCUUCGGCAUCCCGCAGAUUCUGAGCAGCUUCCUGAUGAUCAUCAUCUGCCUGUUCACGGACCCCAUGGCCUCCAUUGCGCUGGCAUACGAGGCGCCCGAGGCGGACGUGCUGACGCGCCCGCCGCGUCUGCCUGGCAAGGACCGUCUCGUCGACUGGAAGCUGCUGCUGCAGGCGUACUGGGUCACGGGCACCAUCGAGACGGUCACCUCCUUCACCAUGGCCUAUUGGUACCUGCAGCGCUCGGGCAUCCCCUUCUUUGGCGCCAUAUGGUUCCGCUUCGGCAGCCUGCCAGACAACAUCGAUCCGGACUACUAUGCCGAGAAGCUCAACAUUGCGAGCUCCAUCUAUUUUGUCAAUCUUGUCGUCAUGCAGUGGUUCAAUCUGCUGGCGAUGCGCACGCGCCGCCUGUCCAUCUUCCAGCACCCCCCGCUGUUCAACAAGCGCACCCAGAACCUGUACCUGUUUGCGGCCAUUGGCUUUGCCGUCGUCAUGGUCAUCUUUUGGUUGUAUGUGCCCAAGUUCCAGACGGUGCUGGGCAACAUGCCGGUGCCCGUGGAGCACUGGUUCUUGCCCAUGGCCUUUGGUAUGGGCAUCUUGCUGCUGGACGAGGCGCGCAAGUUUUGUGUGCGGCGGUGGCCCAAUGGCUUCCUCGCACGCAUCGCAUGGUAA